ACUGCGCAAUGCUUGUUUUCAACUUGGCGCGCAUUUCCGGCAUUGGUGCACAUGGUCACGGAGUGUAUGUGAGAUAGGAUUCGGUUGAACAACUAUGGAUCAAAUACCCGCCGCCAUGGAUAGGCAGCUGGACGUGGUUCAGUGUCAUAGGGAUGGUGGCCUACUGCUUGGAGCAUCUAGUCUGAGUGGCAGGUACUGGCUGGGCUCGCUCUGGUUCUACUCCAACCCAGCACUCGCACCCGAUGUGGAGAAGUGCACGGCCGGGGUACAACUGGAGGCGGGGCUGCAAGAUGCCACAUGGGCUGAUGCAACAACUGUUGUAGUGGGGCUUGAUACAGGGGGCGUUGCAGUAUGGGGGCUAGUUGAUGACUUCCACACAUUCGUACUAUCCCAGUGUGCGAUGGAGCAUGACAACAUUGUGAGCUCUGUCAGCGUGUCUUGUGAUGGCAAGAGGGCUAUGUCUGCAAGCUAUGACAACAGAAUCAAAGUGUGGGAUCUAAGCAAUCUCUCUUCACUACACACAUAUAGAGCCCACUCUGAUAUAGUGUGGUCCGUUGACUGUCACCCGACCGAGGCCGACAUGUACUUGUCAUGUGGACAUGAUAAAACAGUCCUCUUGUGGGAUCAGCGGAAACCUAAGCCAGCCAGUAUUAUCAAGUGUCCACGUCUGCAGGGAGCCCCAACCUGCUCCUCCUGGCAGCCCGGCUCACAGCACACAACAGCCAUAGGCAGCGAGGUUGGCCAGAUGGUGGUGCUGGAUAUCAGGAUGGUGGCCGACACUGUCCGGGCUUAUACACCCCACACACGCAGGGUACAACGCACAGAGUUCUGCCAGGGCAAACCAAGUUUGCUGGGCUCAGUGGGUGAGGACUGUGGGACGGUGGUAGCUGCAGUGGACGAUGACUCCAUAACCAGCAGCUACAGUGUGUGUUGUCACUCAGACUUUGUGCAGGGUCUCACCUGGUUUGGCAGUGACUGUCUGUACACCUGUGGCUGGGACUCCCAAGUCGUCAAACACGACAUUAAUUCCAAGAGCGACAGGACCAAGGCUGUUGUGAUGGAAGUGAAUGGAGUGAUCCCGGAGAAGGGACAGUUCAUUGAGGAUCAGCAGAGCUAGCCACACUAUAUGAGCAGCAGCAUGAAGAGGAGUAGCAUUACAAGUGGGGUCAUCUCAGGCAGCACUGCUCACUGUGUAGACGGUCUCCUGUGUUAAGCCCACACCAGCCUCUGGGACAGUCUCCUGUGUUACAGCUCAUACCACUCACUGGGACAGUCUCCUGUGUUACAGCUCAUACCACUCACUGGGACAGUCUCCUGUGAUUUCAAUAGCAACGGUCACAUAAUAUGACUUUCCAUCAUCAUUGCUGUAUACUUCCCACCUGGUUGUAGGCCUGCUGCAGGCAGUCUGUGAAGGUGGAGUGUCUGUGGGAGUAUGUGUAGACACAAGCCUGCCUGUGUGAGUGUUUGUAAAGUAUGUGCAAGAGCUGUGAGUGACAGAGCCAGGACAGUGUGUCUUGUAGGUUUCUGUAAGAUACUGUAUCAAAAUAUUCUCUUGUACUGUUCGGUAAUGGAAUGAGUGAAGCUUGUUUGUGGAAAUUUGCCCUACUUCCCUUUUAAUCACAAUCCUGAAAGCUGUUGGUGUCAUUGUCAUGUUUGAUAUUGUAUUCCACCUCCCCUAUUGCAGACCAUCAUUCCCUUUUCUCCCUGUGGGUGGUUCACAGAUGCUUCAUAUGAACAGCUAUACAUUUCCACCUUGGGUAUACCACCAUGACAUCUCUCAGCAGAUACAGUAUCAACUCCCCAUCUUGAUACAACUCAAGCCCUCUCUGCCUCUUUAUUGUCAGUUAGAAAGCUAUUUGUUGCCAUCAGAUUAUGCAUUUGAAAUCAGUACAUAUCAAAAUAUUAAAUACCUCUUCAGUGGAGACUCUUUCUGGCAUUGGUUGUAUGUUGUGUCAUGUUGGGCAAGUUCACAAAGGAUCUGUGAUGAUUGAUAUUAAAGUGCUAUGUCUGUAUAAUCUGACAUGUGUCAGCCUGUUAUCUAGUAAGACGACAUUCACCAUGGUGCACCUUGAGUUUUGUAUGGACAUAAUAUACAAAUAAACUGUGACUGAUG